CGGAGAUGUCAUGGCGUCGUCGGAGCUGAGACUGGAGCUUGCCAUCUAGUUGAAGGUUGUCGUCGAUGCGUUCAGCGAAAUGGAGAAGAAUGCAAAUCCACAUCGAGACGCAGGAGGAAGUGUUUUGUGUACCGCUAUCCCGGCAGAAACUGGAGAUAUCAAAGCAGUCGGUGGUGUGAAAGAUGUCUGCGAGAAGAAAGAGACUUUGACUACUUGUGCAACUGCUAGCGGUGCUAAUGCUACACCCUGCACAGAGACAUCAGAUGCUGUUGAGACAGUCAAAUCUUACACGUCUCAAAGCAACAGCAUACAACCGAGCGCUUUAUCAGACACGCUGUCGACCGAUGCAGCGGAUCAGCUGAGCAAUGGGAUGCCAUAUGAACCGUCGAUGGCCGCUGCUGGGAAUAAAGAGGGUGGCACCUCAAAGUUAGUAAACAACCCGGCGGGGGAGCAGCCAGCCACUUUCUCCAGCAUCACUAACGUGCACACAGAUGCUUCGGAAGGAGGUAUGCAAGAACCUUCAAAGCUGUCCGAACCAGGCCCUUUGUGUCCGGACAAAACCAAAUCUGGGAGCUCAAACGAUCACACGGUUUCCGAGGGUCUUCCGAGUGGGAGUGAGCCCAGCAUCGCGGGACAGUCGCGCAGCUUUGAUUCACUCGAGUCCUUCUCUAAUCUCAACUCUUGUCCGAGUUCAGACCUUAACAGCGAAGGAUUUGAGGACAAGGGACUGACUUUGGCUGUCCAGGGCGAAUAUGGAGCCGAGGGAAAAAUCCCUUGUCCUAAAGACAAAGGCACCGGUCAGUCGUUAUACCACAUCAAGUGGAUAAAGUGGAAAGAUGAGAACACGCCCAUCGUAACGCAGAAUGAGAACGGGCCGUGCCCGCUGCUGGCCAUUAUGAAUGUUCUGCUAUUGACAUGGAAGGUCAAGCUGCCACCAAUGAUGGAAAUAAUAACAGCCGAGCAGCUGAUGGAAUAUCUAGGAGACUAUAUCCUUGAAGCCAAGCCAAAAGAGAUCUCAGAGGCUCAGCGGUUGAACUACGAACAGAACAUGAGUGAUGCCAUGGCAGUGCUGCAUAAACUGCAGACGGGUCUGGAUGUGAAUGUUAAGUUCACAGGUGUGCGAGUAUUCGAGUACACGCCUGAGUGCAUCGUCUUCGACCUGCUGGAUAUUCCGCUCUAUCACGGAUGGCUGGUUGAUCCUCAGAUGGCAGAUAUAGUGAAGGCAGUGGGGAACUGCAGUUAUAACCAGUUGGUGGAGAAGAUAAUCAGCUGUAAACAGUCAGACAGCAGUGAGCUGGCCGGGGAAGGUUUUGUGGCAGAGCAGUUCCUGAACAGCACAGCGACUCAGCUGACGUAUCACGGCCUUUGUGAGCUCACAUCCACAGUACAGGAGGGAGAACUGUGCGUCUUCUUCAGGAACAAUCAUUUCAGCACCAUGACCAAAUUUAAGGCCCAGCUGUACCUGCUGGUGACAGAUCAGGGUUUUCUCACUGAAGAGAAAGUGGUUUGGGAAAGUCUGCACAAUGUUGAUGGAGACAGCAACUUCUGCGAUUCGGAGUUUCAUCUGAGGCCGCCCUCUGACCCGGAAACUGUGUACCGUGGUCAGCAAGACCAGAUCGAUCAGGACUACCUGAUGGCGCUGUCUCUACAGCAGGAGCAACAGUGCUCGGAUCUGGGAUGGGAACAGAUCCCAGAAGGUAUCAGUGAUCUGGAGCUGGCCAAGAAGUUGCAGGAGGAGGAGGACCGCAGAGCAUCGCAGUACUAUCAGGAACAGGAGCAGGCACAGGCAGCGGCUGCAGCAGCUGCGCAGGCACAGGGACAGCAGCCAGGUGAGGACCAGGUGGACCGACCCGCAGCCGCCGGGGCAUCAGCAGGGGGCGCCGCAGCUUCCCCAAGCCCAGGAAAACAGCCUUCAACAGGGGAGCGCAAAUCCAAAAAGGAAGCAAAGGACAAAGACAAAUGCAUCUUGUUGUAACGGCAGCGGACUGCGCGGAGUGCGACCCGGGCAGCAGUUAAAUUCCAGUGGCUCUGCGAUUCAUCUCCCAGUGCGAGGUGAAGAGAGAACGAGUAAUCGAAAGAAAGCCGGACGGACGGAGAGGACUCGCCAUUCUCAAGCCACUUGUGCCUGACUUUAACCCUCGGUGAUCCGAAUACACACAAGAGCAGACGGGGGUGUCACUACAAAGACUAUCACUACACGUUUUGUAGAGCUGGCCAAAUGUUCUCAGCAGAAAACCACUGCAGUGCACUAUAUAUUUGUCUGGGCUCACCAGGGAGGGUGGAUUUUUUUUGUAGUAAAAUAAGGUAAUAUAGCACUAGGCAAAAAAGUCCCCAACCUGCAGAGCAAGAAAAACGGCACCACUUUUUUCAUUAUACAAAGCAUUUCUUUAUUUGUGAAUAUCCGUUAUUGCUGUUGUUUAUAAGCUAUUUUAUACCAAUUUGCAUAUGUAGAUUAGGUGUAUUGGUCUGUUUCAUUUGUCUGGGAACUUUUAAAGAAACUUCAUUGAAAUGAAAAGGUAGCUAACAGGUUGCGUGGCGCAUUAUGUCUCAGGACAUGAUGAUGAUGUAGUUCUUAACCUGGCAAUAUUAUGAUGCCAAAUCUCAAAAACUAGAAGUUUUUGCCAAUAGGACACUGAUGUUAAUAUGAGCAAAUAAUUUACACUACUUAAUAUAUUGUAAAAAUACACGGCCAAUAAUUUGCUUCACGGCAUGAAUUUUACUUCACAGCCAAAAGUCCACUUUAUAUUUGCCUUGUAGCUAAAAUGAUACAGAGAGCUAAAUGUGGCUUACUGCCCCAAAAAUGUAUUGUUUCACUUAAGAUAUUUCCUGUUUUGUUUUUUAUUUGUCUGUCACUGUACUUCAGCUAGUGGUCAACCAUUGUGUUUUGAAAUGGCUGAGCUGAGAACAGUGGACGAUUGCUGUUAUUCAUAACACGUCGGUAGAUUUUGGAACCUGACACCAAGUUGAAGGCGUUAUUGGUCAAUGCUGAUAAUCAGAAACAGUCUAAACAUUGGCUGAUUAUUUAGCAGCAUGAUUGUUCUGUUACCCCAAGCUGUCAUUUUUACGUACAUUGUACAUAAUCAUAUACUCUUUAUGGAUUUAAAGUAGAACGAGGAAAGGAUAACUUAAGGCCUUGUUUAGGUCUUUUCUAUUGAAACAUUCCACCUAUAUGCCUUGAACUGAGCAUAUAAUGCUGAGCCUCAGACUCAGAGAAACUCUAAUGUUGGGCUACAACUCCUGCAUGUUAAAGAGCAGAGGAACGUGACGGUGUAGUUCGCUAUGGGAGCGCUAGUAGAUGUUGAUGCUAGCGCUAUUCCUUUGACGUUCGGUCCCUCAGUGGCCAUUACUCUCUCUGUAUAUAAAAAGCCUUACAAUAUUUCCAGUGCGUUUUUACCGACGAUUAAAACGAAAACAGGUGCGAGACAAGAAUAAGACAAUCUGUAGACUUUACCGUUGACGGAAAACCUCACACGGCCUUCAUGGAAGGAACAUAUCCACGAGUGUCUUGCAAACAGGUUGACAUGUAUCAGCUGCCUUGGUUAUGGAUAUAGAUUAAGACCAAUGUAAUAUACAGGGUUCGAUUUUAAAAAUAACCGUUUCGUUAAUUAUUGCAGCACACCAUUUGAAACCCUGGAAAUCGGGCUUUUUUAAAAACACGGCUGUUUUUGAAGUUAUUCAGUACCGUUAAGGACUCACUGGUUGCUGUAGUACUGAAAUGCUGCUUUAUAAGGUGAAUCAGUUGGGAUUGCCAGCGUUGAGGAAGAGUUCUUUAUUUGUCAUGUUAUUGUCAAAAUAGCAUUCUCACAGUCGUCGUCGUCGUACACUACAAGAACCACAGACGCGUUUAUAAACGUAAGCUAUCACCUCUGCUAAUGGUGUUGUAUAGUAGGAAGCACAAGCUUGUCAUUACAGUUGGGAGAGUGAUGCGUCAAAGUGUUUGUACUAGGAGAUGGUUGACUGAAUUUAUACAUUAUGUAUAACUGUAUCCUGUUCUGAAUCAAAGUUUUUUUUUCGUUAAUGUAAACAGUUUAGUUUAAAUUAAAUUAUGAACUUUUGCAUUGGUGAAAGAGG